AUGCUCCGCUGUGACCAAACUCGCUCAUCAGACAUCCGCAUAAAUAUCCGGAUCUCUUGGAUUUAUUCCUGUUCCUCUUUCUUCUCCUGGCCUGCCUCUUUGGGAUCUACUUUGAUGUCUGCGUCCAAACUUCCCUUCGAAAUCCUAAGUCAAGUUGCAGAAUAUCUCUCAUUCCGGGACUGGUGGAGUUGCAGUCUUGUUUGCAAAGCAUGGCAUGAACCAUUCAAUCAGUGUGUUUGGAGUAUAGUCGAAAUCAAUACCAAAUCCCAGCUAGAACACGCCAGCUUCGAUUCCCUUGAACCACAAAAUCCGUACAGAAAAAACAGCUUUUUUGUAAAAAACAUAUAUAUCUUUUGGGGUCUCCUUUUAAACGAUGAUCAGCUCAAUGGCAUUCAAAAGCAGUUUCCAAACGUCAAAUCGCUUGAACUUCAAGUUCCACGCUAUUUUUCAUAUGUAUUUAAUAAAAAUCUCUUUCAAUACACGAACUGGAGACCAUGGAUGUCGGUCAAAAACCUUAACAUAACCGUACCUGUUCACGACAUAACUUAUGGUGAUAUGGAGACACUUCACACGUAUUUCCCAUCGUUGGAGUAUUUGAAAAUAAGCGCCACUUUUGGGAAUUUCCAGUUAAUAGAUCCUCACAUAUUACAGUCUAUACAACCAGCUACUAGUCUGAUCAAUGUACAUCUCGAAGUUUUCGAUAUUGACAUUCAAUGGCUUGUUUACUUUGCCUACAAGUUUACUCACGUACGUACAUUAACAUGGAGCAACCAUGGGGAGUGUAAAAUGGCAAGAGUCAACUACUUUGUAGCCAAAGAUGUUAUCCAAGGUCUUCCAUACAUCUUUCCACGACUGGAGAACCUUUACAUGCUUCGAUCUGAAUAUAAAAAUUGGGCUUACUAUACUCUUCUAUUGGUUGCCUCAACCAGCGGAUCAUCUCUUCGAUGUAUACGAGACCGCCUACGUAAUGACAGCAAAGAAGAUCGGUUUCGACCAGCAUUAGGCAAUUCACUAAAGUCAUAUCCAGAUUCAGUGGUGUCUCUUACAGUCGAAAACAGCUGCUUUUACCAGAAUACGCUCAUUAUCCCAGCGGAAUUAGGACUUUGUUCAAGGCUGGCUCAUCUGUGCUUGAUUCUGCCUACUAUGUGGCUUAAGCUGGAUACCGUUCUGGAUCACUGUGAAAUGUUGAAGAUAUUGAUAGUACAUGUCAGCAAGGUGUCACUGAGGGUGCAGGAGUAUGAAUGUAUGGUUGGGCAUGAUCUUCGGCUUAUAAAGAUUGCAGCAGAGGAAGCAGAUGUGAAAGUGUUUCGAUACUUGUCGCACCGAUGUCGAAAUCUGAAAUACGUGUCGUUAUUUGGCAUAAAACUGGUUAAUGUUUUUGGACCUAUAUCUCAAGAUGUCUUAUUCGAUAUGCGUUUUAGUCAUCUGAAAUAUUUUGAGCUGAAUAAGGUCACUUUUUACAGCAAUAAGGAUAUUAUGAGCUCAGAAACUGCCAUUCAUCUGAUUCAGUCUGCUUUUGCUGGCAAUAGCCGGACACAAUUGAUAUCCGGCAGUUCCGAUCGGCUGGACUCACCAUCGCGUGUUCCUGGAUUUGAGGGCUCUCACAUUCUGCACACGUGGCAUCAGAUGUACUUUGACUGGAGUCAGACAUACCCUGUUUAUGAUGUUCGAAUUCUUACCCAAAGUGAAGCCAGUCAGGCCGAGACCUUGUUUUCACAGCCCAGUAUGGUCCAAAAUUCUGCUAAGCUGGCAGAAAAACAUGAGCGGAAUUUGACGGCAGAUGGAUCGGAGGAUGACUGGGAAAACGUACUUUUGGCUGGAUAUGUGAAGUUGAUUUUAGGAUCUGCAGAACAAUGCAACAUAAGUACAUGUACCUCUGAUGAUUUUAAAAAGUGGAAGAGGAUAUAUGAAGAUGAGCUGAGCUUAUGGGUUUGA